AUGUCUCAUCUUGAGAUUGAGAGAGCAAGGAGAGAGAGAGAGCUGAAAGAAAGAGAGGAUGCCGCCAGCAAUGCUUCAAAUAGAGAAAGCGUGUCGAGUCAAGAGAAGGAGGGCUCGAUUAUGCUAAAAUAUCCCAUGUUGACAAAGAGCAAUUAUGCAGCAUGGGCUAUUAAAAUGGAAGUAUUUAUGAUGGCUCAAGGUGUCUGGGAGCCAAUUGAGUCUGAAGGUCCAGUUGAUCAACGAAAGGACAAGAUGGCAUUGGCGGCCAUCUAUCAAGGUAUAGGUGAGGAUACCUUGCUUCAACUAGGGGCCAAGAAGACAGCUAAGGAGGCAUGGAAUAUGCUCAAAAUUAAGAACCAAGGCGCAGAAAAGGUGAAGGAGGUUAGAACUCAAACCUUAUGGAGAGAGUUCGAGGCACUGGGGAUGAGUGAUUCAGAGACAAUAGAUGAUUUCUCUGGAAAACUCACCAUUAUUGUCAAUAAAUUAAGAAGUCUUGGUAAUAUAGUUGAAGAUGAGAAGGUGAUUAAGAAGUUGUUACGUUCUUCUUCCUCAAAAUUUCUGCAGAUAGUUUCCGCUAUAGAGGAAUUUAGUGAUCUGAAAACCAAAUCAAGAGGAGGCAAUCAGUUCUUCUCACUAGAGCUGAAUGGAAGGCAGAGAGGAGGAAGCUCUUCCAAGAAAGCUCAAAAUGAUAAUGGUGAAAGAGGAGGCAGAGGUCGUGGUAGAGGAAGGAGUGAUGAUUCAAGAAGAACCGGUGAUGAUGAGACGAAGCCACGAGAAGAAAGAAGCAAAAUCGGUGUUAUAGUUGCGGCCAAAUGGGACAUUAUGUAG